AUGUUGCGGAUUUGCCUGCGGCGUUUCUGCUGUAUGAAAUUAUUUAAUGCGGGUGGUGCGAAUGUUGAAAAUAUCUCAACUUCAACACCGUGUGAAGGAACUGCCCCGCUUGAGUGGCAAAUACAGCCAUUUGUUCCAAUGACAUUUACUGCUCUCACACAGAUUAGUCGUAGUGUGGAUGUUGAUUUAAUGGAGAAGGUUGCCGAGGCUGGUGGUCUUCGAACUCUUCUUAUUCGUCAUCCUGAGUUGUUUAGCGUCUCCAAGGUGGGAAGUGUGUACGUGGCACGUCGACUUCAAAAAGGAAGAAAAGAACAUAAAACUUCUUUUAAAAGUGAUGCGAAACAUAAAAAGAGACAAGAUAAAGACAUGAUUUCCAGUCAUCAUGUAAAGUCAUAUCCAGUGGCGAAACGUCCUCCAUUGGAGGUAUUUUGUUUGUUUCCUACUUUUUUUAUUCCAGUUGAUGCUUUGAUAACGUAUGUGCGGGAAAUACGUAUGGCAGGUUCUGAAGAAAAAAAAUCGAAUACUAGGUGGAUUUCCAUGUCGGAGGAUUUUGGAUCUCCAGAGGAAUUUGUUAGAAAAAAAAUGAAAGAAUAUGAUGAUUUUAUUGAAGUUGUAUCAAUAAAUGAAACUAGUUCCAGUAAUGUUAGUGAUGGUGAUAAUUCUGGAGAUAAGAUUGUGCGGCAUUGCUUUGUACGUCUUCGGACAUCACUUGUAGAGUUUGCAAAGCAGAAUGAAGAAGCAUUAGAAAAAGAAGAAGAUGGUACUUGUGGUGAUGCGUUACAUAUUGAUAAUGUAAUGGAGUUGUAUGAAGUACCACAAUAUGAACAAUACCGUGCAGCUCGUUUAAUCGAUAUUGUGGAAGAAUUUGUACCCAUUUCUCAAGAAAUGCAACAAGAGGCAUCACUUUUGCUUACUGAGGGUCGUUCUUUGAUUCACGUGUUUGUUUCCGCCCCACAUCUUUUUGAAAUACGAGAUAGUCCAGAAUUAUCUGUACGUUUUCUAUUAGAUCCAAAGUAUAAACCAUCCAUUACGCAUACAAAGGAUGAGAUUGCACAUAAACUGGAAGAAAUAAGAGAAGGUGCAUUAAAAAACGGAUUACGAAUGCCAAUAGAUCGUAGAAAGAGACGUAUGCUUUCUAGACAAUUACAAUUUCUAACUAAACCAACCCCAUACUUUGAUGAGGCAGUUUUAGCUCACGCCGUAGUGGAUGUUUUACCAUUGGAUGGUCCUGUUUCUGUUGCUCAUCUCAUGCCAAAACUUCCCAAGGAAUGUGUUAAUUGCAUGCCAUCAGCUUUAGGUCGUUUAUUUAAUCACUUUCCACAUUUAUUUCGUGUCUUUGAUGGAGAAAGAGAAAUGUUAGUGCAGCGCGCCGAUAUUCCUGCACCUGAGCAGCGCAGAAUUUCGACUAUUCAGUCUGAUGAAAUACUUCUCGUACUGUAUAAUGCCUAUCCGCGGCGAAGGCAUCCGAAUAGUGGUACAUGUCUACAUCGUUGUUUACAUAAUUUACCCUUACGGGUUCGUUUGCGUAUACGUCAAUUGGACUUUUUAGAGGAUGUUCUUCGCAAGCAUCCUGAUAAGGUAGAAAUGCUUGGUGUUGAUGAAGAACUGAUGAAAAACUGUUCCCCUAGCGCAAAUUUACAGAUGUUUCAUCUGUUUCGUUUUGUUGGUGAUCUGCAGCAAGAUCUGGUGAAACGAUAUGAAGCGUUGUGUGCAAAGCUUGGUGUGGACCCAGAUACCACUACACAAUUGGUCUGA